AUGGGUGUCGAGCUGCUAGUGGUCAGAUCGAGAUGGGUGGGUCCAUGUGGCGCUGCUCAUUCAGGUAGAGAAAGAGAGGGAUCGGGGCUUCAAGGAGCGAGAGAUGUGGGGAGUGAAAGGGACGCGAAUUUCCUGCAAAAGCCUUUGGCGGGAACUUCCUGCGAUGAGAAAAGAACUACGCGGGAGCUGGCCUCUUUGGUCGAAAGUGCGUUGGUGAUAUCCACACGGAGUAAUUAUGAGAUCCUUGAAUUGACUGGGGAUAUCCAUAGUAUGCUCGCAUUAUCACGGACGCGGAUUUCCGGCAAAGUCAUUCGCACAAAGUUUCUGUGCUGGGAAGCUAGGGAUUGCUGUUCUUGGAAUGGCAUCACGUGCGAUGGUGCCACCGGUCACGUGAUUGGGCUCGACCUCAGCUACCUUCAUAUAUAUGGUCAGGUCGAUUUUGAAAGCAUCUUUCGUCUUCAAAGCCUCGAUCUCGCAAACAACAGCUUCAGCGGACCGAUUCCUGAACAGAUGGGCCAGUUGUUCCGCUUGCGGUUUCUCCGUCUGCACAAUAACACACUCACCGGAAAAAUUCCAACAAAUCUGACCCACUGUUCCAAACUCGAAUUCCUUUAUCUUCGGCGGAAUCAGUUGUCAGGGAGGAUUCCAACUGAGAUUGGCUCUCUAUCGAAACUCACUGAAUUGGAUCUUGGUGAGAACAAUCUUACUGGAAGCAUCCCACUUUCACUUGGAAACCUUUCGUCUCUCUCUUUCCUUUUUCUCUCUAGAAACAAUCUGGAUGGCAGCAUAUCAGAUGACCUUGGUCGGUUGGCAAGCUUUGAGUUGUUUGGCAUUAGUCAAAAUGAACUGACAGGUAGGAUUCCACCUCAGCUCUACAAUCUCUCCUCUAUUUACAUUUUGGACUGCCCACCGCGAUGUACUAUUCCCGCUGGUGUUGGGAGGCUUAACAAGAUUGCGAAACUUUACUUGAGUGGAAAUGAAUUAUCAGGGCAAAUUCCAUAUUCUUCCUUUGGCAACUUCACCAGCUUGUAUAUACUCGAUUUAUCCGAAAACAAUCUAUCAGGGAGCAUACCUUCAACUAUUGGUAAUUGCAUAAACCUGCAAUUCAUAUACCUCCAAAAUAAUCACUUUAGCAGUAGCUUACCCAAACAACUUUUCAGCCUUCCCUCUUUGAUUGACCUCUUUGUUCAAAAUAACUCAUUUACCGGUUAUCUGACACCGAAAGUCAGUUACUUGAAAGCUCUUGGAAGAUUCAUCGUUUCUAACAACAAAUUGUCGGGCGAAAUUCCAAGCUGGCUAGGGAAUUGUCUCAGCCUAGAGUUUCUCUUGUUGGAUGGGAAUUUAUUUCAAGGAUUAAUUCCACCAAUAUUUAGUGCUCUAAGAGGCCUUCGGUUCCUCGAUCUUUCACACAAUAACUUCUCUGGGAAGAUUCCAGAAUACUUGGAGAAGCUUCUUGUUUUGCAAUAUCUAGAUCUAUCUUUCAAUAAUCUUGAGGGUGAAUUGCCAAAACGAGGGGUCUUUGGAAAUGCCAGUCGAGUUUCAGUGCUCGGAAAUAGCAAGCUUUGUGGGGGUAUUGAAGAAUUUCAAUUGCCAGCGUGCCCCAGCCAAGCUUCCAAGAAACAGGGGAUGUCUCUUGCUUCAAAAGUAAAAAUCUCCAUAAUUGGUGCGGUCUUGUGUCUUAUUUCAUUAUCAUGUUUCCUUACUACUCUAUAUUGGGUAAGAAAGUCGAGAAGGAAACCUUUUUCUGUGCCUUCUGUGGAGGAUCCUUUCAUGAACAUAUCAUAUGCAGAGCUCUUUAAAGCGACAAAUGGCUUCUCUUCUGCAAAUUUGAUUGGCACUGGAAGUUUUGGUUCUGUAUACAAAGGGACAGUAGAUCAAGAUGGAACUGUUAUGGCAGUGAAAGUCCUCAACCUUCAGCAGCAAGGAGCACUUAGGAGCUUCAUAGCCGAAUGUGAAGCCUUGAGAAACAUUAAGCAUCGGAACCUUAUUAAAAUCUUAACCUGUUGCUCUAGCAUUGAUUUCAAGGGCAACGAGUUCAAGGCUUUAGUUUUUGAGUAUAUGUCCAAUGGAAGUCUAGACAAGUGGCUGCAUAGAGAUGGACAAGAUCAAUUGAAGAGGAAUUUGAACUUUAUUCAAAGGCUAAAUGUAGCCAUUGAUGUGGCUUCUUCACUGGAUUAUCUGCAUCACCAUUGCCCAACACCAAUUCUUCAUCGUGAUUUAAAACCGAGUAACAUUCUCCUUGAUAGUGAUAUGACUGCUCAUGUGGGUGACUUCGGACUAGCGAGGUUCUUAUCUGAAGUCGCACAAACCAGCUCGGUUGGCGUGAAAGGAUCUAUGGGGUACAUAGCUCCAGAGUAUGCGAUGGGUAGUAAAGCUUCCACACAAGGAGAUGUUUACAGCUAUGGAAUCCUUCUAUUGGAGAUGAUAAUGGGAAAGAUGCCAACUGAUGACAUGUUUAAAGACAACCUAAGCCUCCAUCAUUUUGCCAAGUCUGCAUUGUCUGAAGAAGUAAUGGAGAUUGUAGAUCCAUUUCUCUUUGAAGAAGCUGCAGCUACUCAAGGCAAUCAAAAUCAUAUCAAUGUAAUGAAUAGAAUGCGUGAUUGCUGGAUUUCAAUGGUCAGAAUAGGCGUCUUGUGCUCUACGGGAUCUCCAAAGCAACGAAUGAAGAUGAAAGAGGUUGCCAUGGAAAUGCAUGCAAUUGAGGACUUACAUCUUGGAGAGAAGAUUCACUGA